AUGAAGAAGCUGGAAGAGCAGGCCGAGGCUGCAACUAAGGCCCAACAGAUAGCCGAGGAAAAAGCUGAAUCAGCCGAGGCCAUAAGGAAGGUUGCUGAAGCCGAGAAGAUAGAGGCCGAGGACAGAAAGGCCCAAGCCGAAAAGGAACUGCAGGAGGCCCUAGCCACCAAAGAUGUUGAAAUUAAGGAGGCCGAUGAAAAGAAACUUGAUCUUCCUACUAAUUCACCCUUCCGCAAUGCCGAUGCUAUCCCUCUUCUCUUCCCACCACCUCCACCUCCAAGUCAACCUGAGGAUGCUUCUGAAUCUGAGGAUGAAGAUGGAGGUGAGGACGAGGAUGAGGCUGAAAUUUUGGUAAGGAAACCUAAGGAUGCUGCUGGGACCAAAUCCCUUCCUUCAAGUUCGCAAAUCAUGGACUUAACUCAAGAUGAUGUAAGUGAAGGGGUUGCCAAGGAAACCACUCCAGAGCAUGCUUCGUCUGACGUUCCUCAAAUUCACAAGAGUAUUGAUGAAACUCUUGCCGAGAUUGAUGCAGAACUUGCAAUGGAGAAGGCGGCCGAAGUAGCUCUUCAAGAAUCUGCAGGGGUCCAAACCAAAGUUGCUCCUAAGGCUGAGGAACCACAACUUUGA